CUCCAUUGAUAUUUUGGUCCUUGCUUUGUUAGUUUAAGUAUCAUUCACGAGGCACGUGUACUUACCAAAUAUCUCCUAAAAACACCAAACUUUGAUAUUUACAUAUGAUCUGUAUUUCUAUCCAUCAUUUGUCUUAUUUAUACUAUUAGUAUUAAUCUCAAAUCAAAUCAGAAUAUUAACUAAUGAUUAAACAUAAUAUCAUGGAACCCAAAAGCAUCCAGUUCCGUCACCCAGAACUCGAAGAAAGCUUCUCAUUCACCAGCUGCCGUGAUUUCAACUCCUCCUCCUCCUUCUCAUUCUUCUCCGACAACGACGACGGCGAGGAUGACGGCGGUGAAGAAUCUUACAUCGAAAUAGCUUUUGAACGGCCUGACCGUUUCAACAAAGACGACGAAAUGGAACUGCGGAUUUCAUUUUCGUCACUCUCUGCGGAAACUAAAGCCUCCUUGUCGUCUUCUAAUUCGUCGUCUUUGUCCACGUUUACUUUUAGUUCUUCGUUCACGGAGAGUCAACGGAGUCGAGAGGUGCAGUCAACAGAGGAGGCUGGCUGUGAUUUUAGAGUUGAAAAGACUGUGAAAGGGAAGGUGCAGUUUCCGGUAGUUAACCGGCUGGUCAACACGUUUGUUUCUAGUUUCAGGCUGUCGCCGGAGGUUAAUGUCGGAGAUGCGGAGACAAAAUCGCCGGCUGCCAACCACUUGGAAAUCAUACCCAGCAGCUAUAGCACAAAGAGAAGAUCAAAGAUUACAACAACUACGACAAUAAAUACUAGCGGCAUUAUGAUGAAUUUUUUCGUCAAAUUUCGAGCCCUAAAACUAAAAACAUUGCUAGCUUCAUUUCUGAAAGCCUCGCAGACAAGCCCUGUCGGAAGAAAAACUGAAGACCGAUCCAUCAUCAAGUAUCGGAACCGAGUCAAGCCGGUCGAUAAGGGACCGGAAAAAGAAAAGAAGCUAAAUUUAGAGGGAAUUAAAGGGUACAUGUUGGAAGCAAUGAGUUCUAUUAAUAGAAAUACAACAACAAAAAGCUGCCCUGUUUCUACCGAGUCAUCUCCGCUUCACCAACGAUUUUUGAGUGAGAGCUAUAAAAUGUCUGCUUCAGAUAAUUCUAUUCAGGCAGCUAUUGCUCAUUGUAAGAAAUCUUUUGGCCCAAAUGUUUGAAUUGAUUUUAUUUUUGGAAAUUUUUGUGGUUUCUAUUGAAAUGAAAUUGAGAUUUGUGAGAGUUGCUAUAUGGUUCUAUGGUUUUAUGAUUCGAGUUAAUUGCACCGUUAACUAGUGUCUGAAUUUUAUUUAAUCGAUCAAAUUGAUACCCAUAUUUUUAA